AUGGAUUUUUCGAUUGCCGCAUUGGGAAAAUCGGUUGUGAUCUUGUUUUACGAUCCUACGACAGAAACUCUGGUGAAUGCUGGCCACCACACAUUUGCCAUGGAAUACUACGACGGCGCUUUCAUUAAGCCAUAUAUUGUGCCAGUCAAUGGUAGACCUGCAAUAAGGACGCUGCUCGUGCUCGUCUCGAGCGAAGGCUUCGAAUGGCUGGAUCUCCAUAUUCAUGGCUCCCACUACCGAGGGAACUACUUUCCCGCAGUUGAUGUCACCGCCAGAGUUACAUUUGUGCAGGAUACAUGGAACGCGUGGCUUGCUGGUGCGAAAAAAUUCAGCAAGACGGACAAACGGACUACUAUCUCGGGUGAGCAUGUUGCAGACCCAGGAAUGCCGAGAUCCGGUGACCAACGAGCGGCAACAGUUCGCUGCAUGGUCUGCCCACUUCCCUCUGGGUCAGCUGCCAGAGAUGUCAACGCUCAUUUCCUCUAUCAACGUCCAGCUGAAUACUGUUGGGUGUCACUGCGAAAUCAUUACGCUUUUCGA